AGAGGCGCAAAGCUUCACGCUCGCCCACGCAGCCCCUCCACCACCACCACCAGCAGCGCCGUCCCCCUCCGCGCCCCUGCUCCCCUCGCCUCGGCAUCUCUAGCGCACGCAGACGCAGCGCAUCUCUAGGCGGCGGAGGGAGGGCGGAGCGGCACCUCGCCCCCGGCCGCGGCAUUUGAGGAAGGAAGGAAGCGUCAUUGGUUGCGGGAAGGGAGGCAUUGGAUAGAUCGAAGCUUCUGGAACCUCCUGCCGGAUCCGGAUCCGGACCCGGCGCUGCCCACCGCCAGAGUUUGGGACAGCAAGGUAGCUGUGCUCUGCGAUGGAGGACCUGUUGGGUUCGGAGAUCGGGAAGAACGACUAUGACUGGCUUCUAACUCCGCCUGGGACCCCACGUGUUCCUGCACUGGAGGUUGCUGAGAAAACACCAUCCCCAAAUAUAUUACCGAAGCGCACUACCACUAGAUCAUCCUCGACUACUAGAGCAUCUAGGCUUUCAGUGUCUCAAACAGAGAAUGGGCAUUCAACAGUUCCCACUAGACCAGCAAGGAGUAAUUCUGUCAGCAGACCUUCUAUCCAGUCUACUCUCAUGAAUGGCAACAACAGGACUUCAGUUCUCAAUACAAGCAUUUCAUCAGUCACUUCAAGACCUACAACCCCUAGUAGGCGAAACACCACUGCUGCUGCACCAAAACAAUCAGUUCCAGCUUCGCGUCCAGUGCCUGCAAGAUCCUCUACUCCUGUUAAAACUCGUCCAUCUACACCAGCCAAAACUCGUCCAUCUACUCCGACAAGAACUCGUCCAACAGCCCCAAACUCUUCAACUGAGUCAGCUGCUGCCAAGACCACAUCCGCACAUAAUUCAAGGCCAUCAACUCCAAAUUCUCGGUCCCGUAUAAUUCCCAGUUCAUCUUCUGGUCCAACUCAUGCAAUAAGUCGCCCGAGCGCAUCUUCUGGUACAAUGAGCCGACCAGGGUCUUCCUCAGGCAAUGUUCCUGGUAUAAGCCGUGCCACCUCAUUGUCCUCAAGUUCUGUUCCUUCGAUGAGCCGUUCCAGCUCGCGAUCAUCUACACCUACACGUCAACCUGCAAUUCGUUCAUCAGCACCAGCUAUUGGUCGCUCUCCUUCUGUUGGACGGAGCUCUAGUAUCAGUAGUUUUACAUCUGUCUCCCGGUCUGCAAUCAGUAAUGGGCGGAACUCAGCACCUUCAUCAGCUCCGUCAUCUCGUCCAAGUUCUCCGAAUCCACGACCCCGAGCACCAGUGCGGCCACUUGAUAUCCCUGAUUUCCCAAAUGAAACUCCACCAAAUUUAAGGACAAAAUUGCCUGAAAGACCACUAUCUGCUGGCAGAUCAAGGCCAGGAAUGGCUUUAGGCAUAAGGUCAACCCCAAAUACUGAACCUUCAGCUACAUCAGCACAUGUGAAGAAGGUCUCUGUGCCUGCUGUGACUAGAAGUAAAUUUUCUGAUGCAUCAUCAAAGACACCUAGUCUCACAAAUGGACACCAAAAUCGGCAAGCUGAAAGGUCUGUUAUUGACAGUCAACCUAACAGACACUCACGGCCUGUCACUGGCACUGAUAAUGGAUUUGGGAGAUCGAUAUCAAAGAGGUCACUUGACAUGGCUAUCAAGCACAUGGACAUUCGGCAGAAUUUGGGUGGCAUUCGUGGUGCAUCCCUGUUUCCCCAGAGCAUCCGCUCAGCUGCUGCCAAGGCCCGGCCAGCUCGGGCGUCAGACCCAGGUCUUGGCAUCUCAAACGGCGACCGGCACUACACCGACAACGGAAGCAGCGUGAACGGGCACCUCUCCGGGGACUCGAACGGGGCUCCCUCGCGCAACGGUGGCAGCUCAACUGACUCGCCGGACAGGGCGAGCGUCGGGACCAAGGAGACCCUGAGCGAGCUGGACAUCUACGGCAGCUCGCGCUACGAGGCGAUGCUGCUGCGGGAGGACGUGCGGAACACCAGCUGGCUGCACGGCUUCGACGACAAGCCCGAUCAGAGCCCGCUGUUCGACCACCGGUUCGAGCCGCUGCCGGAGCCCUUCAGCCCGCUAUGACAAAACCUGCCGCUUGUAAAGUUGUUCUGGUCGUCACGUUCACUUCGUUCUGUGCCCCGUCGUGCUGCAAGAUGUGUAUGGUUUCAGUCUGUUUUUCUUGUUCUAUAGUUGGUUGGUUCUGCACUUUCACCCUGCCCGCAUUUCUGGAAGACUGGAACCGAUGAGACGGGAGAGAUUGCGGGGUCAGGGUCCCUGGAGAUUGGGUUUCCACUUCCCACGAAUUGUUGUACUACUGAAAGAAGAAAAGGAUAUAAAGGAACAGAAACAGUAAAAGAUUUGUAAGUUAUAUUGUAAUGAAUCUUGGAUGCUCACU